GCCUUUAGGUAAAGAAUGUAUACUCAACACAAAUGAGUUACCAAAUACCGAUAGGGAGAUUAAGUAAAACAUUUCUUCUCAUAAAGUUAAUUCAAUUGAUAAUUAUUUAUUUUACUCCGAUCCAAUUUGAUACAUCAUCUCAAAUAAUUAUUUCAAAAUUAUCAUCUCCAUCUAUAUAUAUACCAAAUAUAUUUAAAGUAAUAAUUGAUAAAGUACUUGUAUGGGAUUCUGUAUAUUUUAAUGAUUUAUUUGUUAAUGAAUAUAAAUAUGAACAUCAAUAUGUAUUUUGCCCAUCAUGGCUAUCAUUCAUAAGGAAUUUGCCUGGUCCUUCAUUAUAUUAUGAUAAAUUUAUUAUUUCACUCAUAUUUUCAAAUAUCUUUCAUUAUCUUAGUAUAAUUGUUUUAUACUAUCUCACCAUCGAAGUAUUUAAUGGUCGUCGUCCUCAUUCCGAGAAAGAUCAAUUAAGUCAAUUAUCAUCUAUUUAUCUCAUAAUUUCAACGGCUGGAGUAUUUCUAACUAUUAAUUAUUCGGAAAAUUUAUGUAAUUUCUUAAGCUACUUAGCUUUGCUUACAUAUUAUAAAGGAGUGAAUUAUAAUGAUGUGACGAAAUCUACUCAAAGAAGUAAAAAAUCAAUUAGAAAUUAUACAUUUUACUUCCUAAGUGGGAUUAUAAUAGCGAUCAAUUUUACAGUAAGAGCAAACACACUCCUUAUGGGAGUAAUUUAUCUUAUCGAUGUAUAUGAUUUUUACAUUGUUAGUAAUGAUUUGAAUUCUACUUGUUGGUCGAUAAUCACAGGACUCCCACUAUUCUUCACAUUUGUAAUUACAAAUAUUAGAAAUUAUCUUCAGUUUUGUCCACAACGAGGUGAAUGGUGUAAUUCUAGACUUCCAAUAUUAUUUCUGUUUGUUCAACAAGAAUAUUGGAAUAAUGGAUUCUUAACUUAUUGGACUAUCAAUAAUAUUCCAAACUUUCUUCUUAUUAUUCCAACAUUACUAAUUCAAAUUCAAUCUAUUCAUUAUUUCUAUAUUGAAUUACCAAGAAUUAAAAAAGUAUUCCCAGUAUUGAUUCUUACCAUCUUAGUUAAUAUCGGAGCUGUUUUCUUUUGGAAUGCCCAAAUUUUGACAAGAGUAGUUACAUUUUUACCUUUACUGUUUUGGUAUUGUAGUAUUCACUAUAUUGAAGAGAAAACUACCACAAAAUUGGUAAGUCGAACAAUUGCUUAUUAUAAUUUAGGUUGGAUAUUUCUUCAAACUAGCUUAUUAGCUGCUUUCCUUCCCCCUGCAUAGAUGCUUUCUAAAUAGCAUCUCCCAUAAAUAAUAUUAAUUAAAUAAGUACCUUGAUAGUAAUGUUGAUUUUGUGGUAGUUAUAAACACAUGUUUUCAUACAUAAAUGGAACUUUGAUGAGUUCUUUGGCGAUUACUGGAUACUGGUGAGUAACCACUACUCGCUCAUACUACU